AUGACUAACUCUGUCAACAGCGCUUUGACGCUUCUAAGCCAAGACCAUGCAGGGUCCUGGGGGUCAAUGAUCAUCUUACUCAGGGUGUUUGUUGCGGCGAGAGACAACAAGAGAGACAAAGAGUCGGGAAUAAGAGAGGGAAUCCGGUGGGACUGCCGUGUGCCAAGGACUUUGUUCCUCCUUGAUCCUCCCCAAAAGGUCUGGCAACCCGGAGGUGUUUCCCACAUCAGCAUCUGGUCUCGUGCAGGUAUGCACACGUGCUACGUGCCUGCUUGGUGCAGUUUGCAAUCGAACCUACAGUUGAAUCUACAAUUCCACAAAACACUAACGGCACGUCAACGCAUGAUGCAACACGGGAAAGAUUUCACUGGCCAAGAGAGCAGAGAUGCAAUGGCAAUUGGGUAG